GCCAUCUCUGUAAAUCAACAGCUUUCAAAAAUAGCGGCAAUUCUGCAAAUUGUUCAUUUCACUGCCAUUAAAAUCAACUUUAAACAACAUGUCAACUGCCCAGGCAACCAAAAACUGCAUCACACUCAAGGGAUCCGCCCAGAUUAUUGUAGAAUACCUGAAAUAUGGCAUCAAUUCGAUCCUUUUCCAACGCGGAAUUUACCCAGCCGAAGACUUUGACAACACACAGCAGUAUGGACUAACAAUUUUAAUGUCCAAGGAUCCCAAGAUCCAGACCUUCCUGCAGAACGUACUCAGCCAAACCGAAGAAUGGCUCGCUAAGAACAUGAUCAACAAGAUCUCGAUGGUCAUCACCAACGCCCACACCAAGGAGGUGCUCGAGUGCUGGGACUUCAAUAUGCAGGCCGAGUUGGGCGAUGGCGAUACCAGUGAUCCCACCAAGCUUACAACCACCAAGGAGCUGAGCCGCAUCCAGAACGAGAUCCGCGACGUUAUGCGCCAGAUCUCGGCCACCGUCAGCUAUCUGCCACUGCUCGAUUGCAUUUGUACCUUUGACGUUAUGAUCCACACGCUGCAGAACACCGAAUUACCAGCGAAAUGGGACGAAACGGGUGCCAUUAUCAUUCAGAAUCCGCAGGCCGUCCAGCUGCGCUCCUUUUCCACCGGACUGCACAAGGUGGACACCGUGGUCAACUACAAGAUGAGCACUUAGAAGGCAGUACCGCCUCAUUCUACAGUUUAAAUAUUUAAAUAUUUAUUUCGUUUCUAUAUUUACAAUAGUGCGUAACGAACGUAAACAUAUUUGAGAGUUGCAUUAAAAGCCAGUUGUGAAAAGCUAA